AUGGCUCGGCCGGAGCCAUGGAAAGAGCUGGCCCGCGACACACUGCCGCCUGAGAAAGGCAGUGAGUGCCGCAGGCACCUCCACCUGUGGAGAGACUUCGUGCGGCAUUUGCUGAGCAGCAGAGGCAUCAUCGGAGCCGUGGAUAGGGCCGUGGUCGGCGACACCUGCAAGGCAUGGGCCACAUGCACAGAGCACGCUGACUUGCAGGGGGCCAAAGAUGCAAGAGGGAGGCAGGCUCGGCACCAUACCUUUUACAUCACUUUGACACAGAAGAUCAGCUUGGCAGAUGACCCAGAGUGGGAAGCUUCCGUCUAUGAGCGGGGCACAUGUGCUGGAGCUACUGCUCGUGUUGUGCGCGGGCAGACCGUGCGUCAGAGGCUGACUGCGCAGCGCAUCGCCCAUCUGACGCCUUCGCAAGGCUUGGCAGCCCUGCUCGCAGAUGGCACGGAUCGCAGAGAUUUGCCUGGAUUGCGGACGGUAGAAGCCGCCAGGCGGCGUCUCAAAGCCGUCCGCGCCAAAAGACGAGGGGAUGCCAAAGCGCAUUGUUCGCCCACCGUGCUUGGGCUGGUUGUGGAGGCUCGGAACUCCUCCAAUUCUGGGGUGCAUUUUCAAGCUCUGCAGACCGAGGGCGUUGCCGCGACCGUGUGCAUUUUGGAGGAAGAGGUCAGGGCAAUCAGAAAGUGGGUUGAUGAGGGGGGCAGCCUGAUCUGGUCUGAGGACGCAACCUACAAGAUGAACUGCUCCGGUUGGUGCCUGAGCACUAUAGCCUGCCCCGUGCUCCAUCUCACCGGUGGGCUUUGGAGGACGAGAGCACAGCUGGACAUCCAGGAAGCGAUCCUGGGCAUCUACGAGGAGCGCGGGCUGGACCUCCGAAGGCACGUGCAGGCUGCCUUCUACGACAACUCGCCCGCACAAAGAGCCGCCCAUCGCGCGCAGCUCCAGGGUGUCCCCUACCGCAGGGAUCUUCGGCAUCAGGUUGCAGCUUGCCGGCGCAGGAAAGGGCCUUUGUCGCGAGGAUUGAGUGCUUGGGCGCAGAAGUCGGCCUUCUACCCGCCGUUGGUUUUCGACCUUGCCGCGCAGGCCCUCCUGGACCGCCUGCGGGUGAAGGAAGAGUAUGACUGGAUGUCUUACUUGACUGACGUGGCCUUUUCCAAGCAGGGCCAGCUGUGGUCUGCUGAGUGGCAGUGCUGCAUAGCUGUCGCCCGGCCAGGGUUUACGCCUGCAAGCGUGGGCCAAUCCAAGGAGUCGCAGUGGGCCGCUUUGAAGCGGUGCACUGGCAACCUAGCCAACACGGAUCUGGCAACGGCUGCGCCGGAGGUGGAACUGGCUCUGUGCGCGCUGAUGCACGAGCGGAACACCCAGGCUGGCGGGGACUUG